CACCAACACCAGCAUCGGCAACAGGAUCAUCGGCGUCAUCAACAUCAGUGGAAAUGGCGCAGACAUCAAGUGGCUUCAGCAUCAUUAGCUCUGGUGCGAGCAAAUGCAAUAUGUCGUGUCAUGGGCAAAUGCAUGCAGCCUGUCAUCUAGCUGCAAGCCCAUACACAUUGAAUGGCCAAUUGUCGCCCACAAUUGACGACAAGUAUCGAGAGUCUCUGUCUGCACCCACAAUGACAGCCUGCCGGUCAUCAAUAUGGACACGUAGCAGGGAGUGCAGAGCAAUUACUAUUCGAUUGAUCAGUCAUCAUCUUCGCCGCAGAAGCAGCAUACUGGACACCAUCGACGCCAACAACAACAACCAGGAUGUGCAGCAACAGGCAACAGCGAGUCAUCUUUGUGCGUAUAUUGAUGUAUUGUGACCAAAAGCAGUAAUCACGUCGAUUUAAAGCUAAUGAACAA